AUGGACUCUGCAGAGCUGCUGAAGGAGUCGUGGUCUGGUUCCUCUGGAGACCCAGCUGGACCUUUACAGACCAGAAGAGACCGUGUGUUCAGACCAGGAGAGAAGUCCAGAAGAGACCGUGUGUUCAGACCAGAAGAGAAGUCCAGAAGAGACCGUGUGUUCAGACCAGAAGAGAAGUCCAGAAGAGACCGUGUGUUCAGACCAGGAGAGAAGUCCAGAAGAGACUGUGUGUUCAGACCAGAAGAGAAGUCCAGAAGAGACCGUGUGUUCAGACCAGAAGAGAAGUCCAGAAGAGACCGUGUGUUCAGACCAGGAGAGAAGUCCAGAAGAGACCGUGUGUUCAGACCAGGAGAGAAGUCCAGAAGAGACCGUGUGUUCAGACCAGGAGAGAAGUCCAGAAGAGACCGUGUGUUCAGACCAGAAGAGAAGAGACAUUCAGCCUCCAGAUAUCUCAGACUGCCAGGGUGCAUGAUGGGAUCUUUCCGGCGACCCAGGCCUCGGUUUAUGAGCUCUCCGGUUCUGUCGGAUCUUGCCCGCUUCCACGCCAGCUCGCCUGCUCUCCAGCUCUCCAACACCAGCGUGUGGAACAGCGUCCAAUCAGCUGUGAUCAAGGUGUUUCAGGGCGGAGCGCUGCAGACCAACGAGCUGUUCACGUUGAACGAGAGCAUCAGGUGGCUCCUAAAAACUGAGAUGGGCUCCUUCAUCACCGACUACUUCCAGAACCAGCUGCUGACCCGAGGUCUGUCUGAAGUCCUGGAUCAGAUCCUCGUACACUCAGGUGAGUCCAGGUAGUCCCCCGGUCUUAAAAUAUGA